AGGCGUGGCGCACUUGUGUCGUACUCCGCGGCCAAAUUCAAAAAGUGAAAGAAAGAAACAGCAGCUGGAGUUAACAGACGAUUUAUACGGAGCAUGGCAUCUUCAGUGAUGGAUAACGUUGGUAAAGCUGUAGUGGGAGUCUGGCGGGCACAUACUGUCUUGGAUGAGUCUGAUGAUGCAGAGAGUUCUCCAGAAGCCCCAGACCAUUUCCACAAGCUUCGUGCCUCUUCUUCACUCAGCUCUCUGAGAAUGUCUUUGCGGAAGCGGCUUCCGUUGCGUUCUGUCCAGACAAACUCCCUUCCAGAGAAUCCAACCUGGGAACAUCUACAGGCACCACCAAAAACCAGCGGUGUCCGCAAACUUACCCGAAGUGCACAACAGUCCAUUACUGGAGUGUGUCAGCGGCUGCAGAGGAACAGAGAGUUUAUGCUUGAAGAGUGUCUGGUAGCAACUCCCGGUCGGACAUCUGAUGGGGGAGAAACUGGAGUAUCAACGUCUCGAACACCACGACAUACACCUGGUCGAACUGCAACACCCAGACGCACCCCCAGAUUAACAGCAACACCCAGACACAACCCAGGAAUUAAAAGAACUCCUGAGGGUGAUGCUGGUGUGCGUGGGGUAAAAACAGGAGGAGGCAGGAGGCAGCUGGUCCGCAUGGCUGCUUUGCGAAGUCCCUUUGCAUCCCCCAACACACAGAUCCAGAGACAAAUGUUUGACAGAGAUCUGGAGUCUGUGUCCAGUGGACUCAAGAAGCUUAAGCAUCUGUCAAAGGCUUUUAAUAGCAUAACUGGUCGAGGUGACAGGACUACUCCAAGGGAACAUGGAGGAGUGAUGAUAAGAAGGUUGGAUCCCAGCGGGAAAUUCAGUCGCUCAAGCCUCACUCGUCGAGCUGCACGCGUCUCAAACAUGCUGGGUGGUUUGGCUAACACGGCUGUUAACAAUAUCUGCAAACAAAAAUGAACUACAUGUGUCUGCGUGUAAAACAAAGGACCUUUUCAUGUUUCACUGAGGUGCGUAUGUUACAUGUAUGUGGUGGAGCUGGGAAACUAUUAUACAUGACAACUUGUCUUCAAGUUACUUUCUGUUUGGAAAGCUACAAGUCUUGUUUGUUUACAUAUCUCAAGUUAGCUAGUUGUGGAUGAACCGUCCUCUAGCUACAAAGAGUCUUACAUACGAGGUCUGUCAAUAAAGUAUAGGUCCUUUUUUAUUUUUUUCAAAAACUAUAUGGAUUUCAUUCAU